AUUGCGGUCUCGUGGUUUUCCAUCGAUUUACGCAGGAAUUCACUGAAUUUACGUUUGCUCAAUGUCAAAUUGGCGUUCGACUUUGCAGCUGCUGAGCGUUGGGUCGACUAUCUUGGGGCUUCAAUUGAUGUUCCACUGUUGUGGUCGUUGUCGAGUACAGUGAACUAUCAAUUCGCAUACAGUUGACGCUGUGGCCCCCACGCAUUCAGCCAGUGGCGCCGCGGGGGCCCGCUGUACAGCAAGCACAUUGGUUGCGUUCAAUCUGACGCUUCUGGCAACAAUCAUAUUGUGGUCGGGACAAGCCCUCGCGGUGCCCAUGCACAGCAGACAAAGCCAGAGUAUUGCAUACUUUUGGGCGCCCAACAGGGAGCGGGAACAGCAGGAGCCGAAAACCAGCAGCACCAGCAGCAGCAGCAGCAGCAACAUCCUUCACAAAAUCUGUCGGACAUGCCAGAACGGCAGCAACAGCAUCCAGAGAACGGAAGCAUAUCGCAAACAUAUUGGAAGCGCCGCAAGUGGAAACAUAGCCAGUGGAAACGCCUCAAGUGUAUAUAGUGCGUACGAUGCGACGCGCUUACGCGUUUCGCACAGUGUAAAUAGUGCAAAUAAUAAGUUAGAUUUAAUUAUAAAACGCAUCGGCAGCAGCCAGAGCAAAGUGUUGCCCAAACAUAAUUCGCUGCCAGCCGCAAAUUUGCCUAAUAAAUUACCAACAACAGCAACAACAGCAACAGCAGCAACAACAACAACAACAACAACAACGACAACAACCGGGACACAAACAGAAACACGCGUCUACCAGCCCGUUCCACCGCCACCUCCGUCUCCUCCGGCUCCUGCUCCUGGUCGUCGUCGCGCCGCGUCGCACUCGACUGACGUUGGCGUCGCCGCCGUCGCCGUCGUUGCCCCUGCGACGGCAUUCGGUUCGCCCGCGUCCAUGUUUCUGCCAUAUCAAAUUAAUCAACGUGCUACAUUGUUGCAGGCAACUAAAACAGCAACAGCAACGGCAACAAUUGCAACGCCUCAUGUGCCAAGAGCAACAACAACAACAACAACAACAACAACAAAAACGCGCAACACUCUGCAUGCUGCGCAUCGAAUUUUUAAUCGUGAUAUAGUCCGAACAGCGACCACCGCAUCACCUUUGACAUCGCAACAACAACAUAAACAACAACAACCAGCAACAUCGACAACAUCAACAACAACAACAACAGCACGAGUCGAAUUCAUACUCUAUACAGAGAUAUACGAAGAGAAUUCACAUUUCGAUACGAAUUUCGUUACGGAUUCAGGGAAAAAUAGGAGCAGCAAAAGCUUUUGGCAGAAAUACGGCCACGUUCUGUUGAUCGCCAUUGGUGUAGCCGUGUGUUUAGUGUGUGGCAGCGUGCUGGUCACUGUGAUUACACUGCGACGCAGCAGCAGCUCCACGGCAGCGGCGUCCGCGGCGGCAACAACAACGCACCGAAUACGACACAAGCAGCGCGCGUCGCAGCGACGGCGCAGCAACAGCAACAGCAACAGCAGCAGCAGCAACAACGGCGGCGGCGCCUGUGGUCGUAAUAGUAUUGGGCAUAAAAGUGCGACGGGCCAAGAGACUGCCUUUGCUCUGGCCCUUCCACUGACGCAGACAGCAGCAGCAGCAGCAGCACAAGCGAAUUCCGCUUCAACAGCAGCAGCAGCAACAACAACAACAACACCCGCAACAACAGCAGCAGCAGCGCAAGCAGCAGCAACAACAACAGCAGCAACACUUUUGUCAACCGAGCCGGAACAUUCUGUACCCAUGCUAUCGGUACAGACGGCCGGCUGCGCGGGAAUGGAGCGGCUUGGCGUUCCGACCCGCACAUCAUUGAGCACACCACCCGAUGACAGGGAUCAAUUUAGAUGUAGAAUGCGCGUUGAUGCGCUCCAAGCACGCGAGCUGCUGGCCGUGCACAGCAGCAGCAACAAUCAGCAGCAGCAGCAGCAGCAGCAACAGCAACAACAUCACAACAAUAAGCAACAACAUUCCCACCAUCAACUACAGCAACAACAGCAGCAACAACAGCAGCAACAACAGCAACAACAACAACAACAUUAUCUGUACCAGCAACAACAACAACAGCAGCAACAACAACGCAUGACAACUUCGGCCAGCGGAAGCGGCAGCGGCAACAACAAUAACAACAACACGCAUAGUAUUAACAAUUUUGUGGCGCGUGGCGGAAUUGAGGCGACCACAUUGAAGUACGGCAACACGGGCAGCGGGAGCUUUAAGAGCGAUCUGAGCAGCACAUCGUGCACAUCCUCAACAUCGUCGUGCAGCUCGCUGAAUAGCCACAGUGCCGAUCAUCAUCAACAUUACCAAUAUCAGCUGCAGCAGCAGAGGACGCCGCGCUGCCCACAUCAUGUACCACUGCCGGACAGCGAGUACGGACAGGAUCGUCAUCUGCAAAUACGCAGCAGCUAUCAGCAAUCGGAAAUCACACGCUCCUAUACAAAGCCGCCGCCCAACAAAACCGUACGCGAUGUGCCCGAACAGAUAUGCGCCGCCAAUGCCAGCUAUCGCCUGGCGGCAGCUAAUAGCUGCGCUGCUGCUGCUGCUGUCGCCGCCGCUGCCGCCAACUCCUCGACACCUGCCGCUUAUGCGCUGGCAGCAGCAGCUGGCGCAACAAAAUCCAAACCGAAUGCCAUCACAAAGUUCUUCUCACGCAUCAGUUCGCCCAAGUCGCCAACGUCGCUGGCGACGGGCUCUGCUGCUGCAGCUGGGGCAGCGUCGGCAGCAAUUGUUGUUGCCACGCCCACAACACUGGGCACAAGCUCAUCGUUGGCAUCGUCAGCGUCCAUGUCAUCGUCCGCCUCAUCGCUGGCCUCGUCCGCGGGCAUGCCCGCCUGUGUCUCACCAUCCUCAUCGGCCUCAUCCCUGGCAGCGGCACCGCUGACCGCUCUGCCCAUUGCGAAUGCGGCGACACUUAAGAGCACCGCCUGCAGUUUUGGCAGCACCGCGGCGGCGUCGGCGGGGACGGGGAGCCCCGCCGAGCAGGAACAGCAGGAUGAGACAACGCAAUAAUUCCAUGUUGGGAGCCGUAACAGAUUCACGAUCUGUCCAAGAACUUCGCGCUGGCACGAAAAGACUGUUUAUUAGUCAGAAUUUAAUUUGUAAACGAUGAGAGGAGAUACACACACACACACACACACACACUCGCACACACACACUCACACACACACAAAGACACGCAGAGACACAGACACAAUUUAGUUUUGUACUAAGCCCUCGGUUGGAGAGAUCAUUUCCAUAUGUCGCAUGCUAAAAUAUUUAUACAUAAAA